AUGAUUUUGCAACAAAAGAGGAGAUUCUUGGUGGAACAACUUAUGGCUCAGGAAAAGCUGGAUCGACUCGAUCAAGAAAUACGGAACGUUUUUAUUUCUGAUGAGAGUGUUUCAUCUCGCAUAGCCAUGGUUACUAAUUUCAGUUGGAAAAAUUCUCAUACCAAGAGUAGUGAUCUCGGUGUGUUGGAAGCACAAAUAGAGGAUGACUUGAAUGAUCCGAUCAAUAAUGUUUUAUUUGCUGGAGAGGAUUUGGAUUUUAAAGUAUUGUUAUGCACGAGAAGUCUUCAUAGGCUUUUCGUUUUAAAAAAUUCAUUUCAAGAUAAUAUCGGAGUCUUUCAAAAAUUAACAAAUUUGGACGUGAUGGAUCAGCUGAAGAAGGAUGAUCAUGUUAUUGAUUUGAGUUUUGGUAGCGUUCAUACAUUAAUUUUAACAAGAAAGGGAAGAGUGUUUGGAUUUGGAAAUAAUCAAUAUGGACAAUUAGGCCAGGAAAAGGAACAUGUAUUUUUUUCCAAACCUGUGAGCAUUAGAAUUAAUUCCCAUGAGAACGAAAAGGUUAAAUUUCAUGCGAUUCAUGCAUUUGGAAAUAAGUCAUACUUUGUAUCUAAUAUUGGAUUAUUCUAUUGUGGAGAUGGUAAUCCUCCUCAGAAACUUCAGAUCUCUUUUCCAUCAAGUGCCAUAAAGAUGGUCGACGGUUCUAAAGAUAUGACAGUAAUAUUGACAGCCUCAGGAGAAAUGCACGCCAUGUAUGGAACAGAUCCAAUUUUUAUUCAUAUUCACCCUUCCAUGCAUGUUGACUCCGUCGCAGUAUGCAAGCUUAGCUAUAUUGUGUUUCUUUGUGGCCAGAAAGUAUUUUACUCAUUAGGGUCAACUAUCACACAAAUUGAUUUUGAGCUCCUAUUCAAAGAUCCAUCACAUUAUGUAACUGAUAUCAAAAGCUCAGACAAAACUGUGUAUUUCUUAACCUCAAAAAGAGAAAUAUGGAGCAAUUUUGUUACAUCAAAGCCGACAAAGAUCUUAAACGAACCAAGAUUACCUUCGUAUUAUAAUUGGCACAUGUCGUUAGACAAAAAUACUGAUCGAUUCUGUGCCAUUGUGAAAUUGUCACCAAAUCAAAAGAGAAUCGUUUGGUUCUGGAGCAACUUGAAGAAGUCAGCAAGUAAUCAACAUGAAUCAUUUGCAGAUAUUGUCAUGCAUACUUUUCAUUAA